AUGGAGCCGUCAGCCGCAUCUGGCGCGUCAGGCUCUGGGCUGGCCCAGUCGACGCCGGUUACGCCGCAGGAGUCGCCAGUGAUUUCGCAGGCUGUUCAUAAUGCUGUAGCUGAAGAGGCAGUGGUGCGUGAUAACCGCACGGUGGCACUGGGUGCUCGAAUCCGCGAAUUCUCGAGAGCUUGGACUGGUGUAACCGCCGAUCCGUGGGUGCUCGAGACCGUGACCCAUGGGCUGCAAUUUGAUUUUGUGAUGGAGCCUGAGCACGUGGAGCCGGCCAUGCCCGAGUACAGCAACGAGGAGCGCGAGGCGAUCGAGAAGGUUGUGCGGUGGGAUCUGGGCGACCGCUGCCGGCCCAUCAACAAGUACCUGGAGGCGGGCAACUAUGUCGCCAAAGAGCUGCCAUCGCUGCUUUCGCUUAUGCACCCGGGCGACCACAUCACACGCAUCAACAUAAAGUGCGCAUACAUGUCGGUGCCGAUCCACAAGGACCACCAGCGGUAUCUGGUGUUUGGGUUUGACGGCAAAUACUACCAGUACCGCACAUUGCCGUUUGGGAUCUCCGUU